UAAUUCAAUUAAAACAAUAAUUAAACAAUAACAUAAGACUGUAUAAGAAAUGUCGACAAUAAUAAUGAUAAUAAAUAUAAAUAUUAAAAUUUAGUGAUAAGUGAACCGGCAAACAAGUGAAAGGUCCCAGUGAUCUAACGAUGUAAAAAAAGUGAAAGUGAAACAGUGCGCGUAACUAACCGGCCCGGAGCGAACGUCUUGCGAAACAUCGUAUUGACAAUAAUAACGUAACUAAAAAAUACUUAGAAUCAAUAAAAGUAUAAAAAAAAUUACUACACAAUAAUGAAGAAAAAACACGUGAACUUUUAUUAAAACAAGUGAAUUAAAAAACACAAGUGCUUCAAAAGUACAGGAGUUCAUCGCAAAGCGAUUAUUAAAAAAAAAACAGAGUUUCACAACAGCUGGGGAGGAUAAACCAAAUGGAAGUUUUCAAAUAAAGAAGUGCAUUUACGAAGAUCCCUCGGCAUUUUGCCAUAGAGGAUACAUUCCAGAUUUAAAUGAGCUGUCACUGAGCACGGAGUUAUUGAGUUAUUGCGCAGAGGACACGUUCCAGAUUCAAAACUGACCAAGGAGUUAUCGACCAAGGAGUUUCUAAUUUACAAACAAGGAAUAAAAUAAGACGAGCAACCAUAGUUUGUUAGCGAGGAGGUUUUGUCGGUGGUUGUAUAUUAUUAUAUCGCAUUCCGCCCUCGGCGGUUGGCCAAUGGGGUGUAAGGUGCCGCCCCCGCGCGGCUCUCUGCCGCACUUCUGUGCGAUACUGCUCGUCCUGAACGCGGGUCUGGCCGCGUCACGCCGUCCAGAGCCGUACUUUGGUCGGGUGAUCGGUCGACUGACACAGUACGCGCACGGCAUCCGCGGGACGGUGUAUGCAGUGGACGAGAGCACGGUCUUCGUGAGGGGGUUCGCGUACGAUGGGACGGCGCCUGAUGCGUUCUUCUGGGUGGGCGACACCCACCAACCUUCCCCCGAAGGCACACUGGUGCCGUAUCCAGAGGAUUAUGCAAGCCGGGACCCCCCCGUGCUGACGGCGCACACCAACUCCGACAUCCUGCUGCGGCUGCCGGGGGGAAAACGGCUGAGAGACAUUCGCUGGAUCAGCGUCUGGUGCAGGCGGUUCACGGUGAACUUCGGCGACGUGUUCAUCCCGGCGGGCCUGGAGCCGCCGCGGCCGCGCGUGCUGCCGGAGUUCAAGCGGCUGGCGCACGGGCUGCGCUCGGGGAACAUCAGCGUGCUGGACGCCAAGACCUUCUACAUCCCCAACCUGCACUACGACGGCGCGGGCCCGGACGCCUACUUCUGGGUCGGCAACGGGAGCGAGCCUAAUCCUUUUGGCACUAAAGUUCCAAACGAGAUGAACUCCCUCAACCCUUUGCGCGGCUACCAGGGCGAGGACAUAGAGAUCGUGUUGCCCGGCAAAAUGACUGCCUACGACGUGGAUUGGCUGGCGGUCUGGUGCGUGGAGUACCGACACAACUUCGGCCAUGUUUACAUACCCAAGGACCUGGAUGUGCCGCCAGCUUUGGGCCAGACGAAGAUUACUACGAGUUCAACGACCUCACAGACUCCCUUCAGUGCAGCUAACAAUUGUAAGGAAAUCCUGGAUAAGCGGCUCCAAGUUCGGUGGGAACUACAGGGUGACCAUGUGCAAAUAACCCUGUCAGCCCGAUUACGCAAGGAGCAGUACAUGGCGUUUGGCCUGUCCGGUGCUGAGGGAAGACCUGCCAUGCUUGGCGCCGACGUCGUCGUGGCUUACUGGGAUAGCCGAUCAAACCAACCCCGGGUGUCCGACUACACAAUCACCCACCUGGCGCAGUGCGACGGCGAGCUGGGCGUGUGCCCAGACUUGAGGCUCGGCGGGAGCAACGACGCGGUUGUUGUAUCGGGCAGUCAGAAAGGGGGCAUAACCACCAUAACCUACCGCCGUCCGCUGGCGGCGUCGGAGCCGGUCAAAGACAAAGAGAUCCUGACGACGCGCUCGCAGUCCGUCAUCGCCGCCUUCGGGCCGCUCAACAACCGAUACGAGGCCAACGCGCACUCCUUCAUGGACACCACCAGGACUGACGUGCAACUUGAUUUUGGAGCUCAGAGUGACAACACGUGCAUCGGGCUGGCAGAAGAAGACGCCAGCGGGCCGGAGCCGUGGCCCACGCGCGUGCUGGUCGGCGUCAGCAACUUCACCGCGCGCAUCGGGCCCGCGGGCGGCAAGCGGGGGUACACGCCCAUCACUGGUCAUCCAUCGUGGGGUAUCGCGUGGUACAUCAACGAUCUGCUGAUACCCGAGAUAUACGUGGAGCGCGGCAAGUCCUACGUCUUCCUGGUAGAGGGAGGGGACGACAGGACCAAUCCUGCCAAAUUCCAUCCAUUCUACAUAAGCGAUUCCUCGGAGGGCGGUUUCGGACAGAAGAAAGAAGAGGAUCAGAGGAAACAGCGUGUGUUUGCGGGCGUAGCCUACGACAAUGAAGGAUAUCCGUACCCGACCACCGUGGGUCGGUACUGCGAGUGGACGCACAAGAGCACGGACCAGUGGGCUGCCUCCAAGACCUUCGAGGAGUACAUGCAGACCCUGCAGCUGGAGUGCGGCGACGGGGAGCCGGCCGCGCUCAACUGGACCGUGGCUCACGAGACUCCCGACCUGGUCUACUAUCAGUGUUACACACACAACAAUCUUGGCUGGAAGAUACACGUUGUCGAUCCCGGGACAGCUAUACACAUUCCUGGUGAUAAAAGUGCGAUCAUAAAUUUGGCGGCAUUCUCGCCGCCAUCUUUGUUUAUAUUGUCAGCGAUACUUGUCACUAUGACAGCUCUCACGAGGUAAGAAUGUUUGGAAAUCUACAGCGAGCUCUGCUUGGAACAAAGGAGGAUGGAUAAGAAGUAACAACUUUUUUUAUAAUUUUAUAUUUAUUAUAUUUAAAAUGAAUCUGAAAUUUUACUUUUUACUUAUAUUACAUGUAGUUAUAUAAAUGUAUAUAUUUUAGGUUUGCUAUUGCUUACCAGGUUUUAAACUUAGACUUGCGUAUUGUAUUGUUAGGAAGAAUUUAAAUGCAUUAAAAUAAUAUACUGAAUGUAACAAUGACAAUAAAUGAUUUGUUUACGUAAUAUUUAGGAUUUAAUUGAAAUAAUUGACAAUAAAUCGUCAUAGUAUUACUAUAGUAUUUGUUUAUAAAUAUUUUUGAGCGAUAUAUUAUCUUCUGGUGUGAUGAUAGGCCUAUGAAAAUAUAAAAUAUCAAACAUCAUAUUAUUAUAUUGUAUUGUAUAUUAUUGUAGUUUAUUACAAUUUCGAUAUGUAAUAUUUUAAAAAAAGAAAUACGACAAUAAAAGGAAUUAAAAACAGUGUAGAUUUAAUUGAGAAUAUUUGUAACUAUAUAACGAAAACACAUAUUUUCACAUGUUAUGUAUUAUGUGUUUUGACACUGUAAUAUUGAUAUAGAUUGAUGCAUUAAUGCAUAAUCGAACAUACUAAGUUAAUUGAUUUACCUACAAAAAAUACACAUGAAAACUACCUAUGUAUUGAGUCUAAUAAUACCAAUGAAAUUCUUAACACACUUGAUCUACAAUAAAAAAAUGUACGCACAUAACAUAGUUACCCAUUUUUGCUUAAACAAUCCGUUUAUAUAAAUAUAAACUAUGUAAUAAUAGAAUCUAAUAAUUCAAGUUAAUUUUAAAGUAGAUUUUUAGUAAUGUCAUCAUGUCAUGAGGUAAAUUUCAAGAUUUUACUUUUAUUUUUAGUUGCUAAAAAUAGUAUUUUUCGAAAAGAUGGCUGACUAUGUUAACAUGAUUUACUUAAUUUUUUAUUACACCUACACAUGGCCUGUAAUCAAUUUACGUCAAUUUUGGAAGAUUCUCUUUAAUUUUUCUAAAAUGUCCAAUGUUACCUACAUAAAAAGAGAAUUCUGCUAAAACUCAAUUAAUUUCUUUAAUUUAAGUAAAUUGAUUUGAUUGAAAGUAACACAAAAUAAAUAAAUUGGUGGAGAUAGUGGAGCUCGCUGCUAUGAUGUACAGGUAAUAUUUGGGUAAAUAAUGUCAAUCUUAUUAAUAUCAAUUUCAUAUCAGUCAUUUAACAAGCGUUUGUGCAUCUUUAUACAUAACGUAGAAUUUGGUACUUAACACUUUUAGAAUUACAAAAAUAAGGAAUUUUAAUACAUAAUGUGUGUCGUAAAUAAGUACUGUUCUCAAUGCGUUUGUUGGAAAAUGGUUCACAUAACAAUUUUGCAACGUUGUCAUAGUCAGCAAUGAUUACUAAGCGGAGAUAUUUAUUUUAAUCUUACUGGCUCAAAAUCUGUAAGUACAGAAACAAUAAGUUUCAGCCCUGCUAGCGUCUGAAACAGUCUGGAGUAAUUGAAAUUCCGAAUUCAACGAGCAUUUCAAUGGUUUUUCCAGUAUAAUAUUUAUGCUUUGGCUAACUCUUCUUACUCAUACAGUGAGGACAAUGAUAGUGAGGUGAAAAUACAUAGAUAUUUAAACAUUUGAUUAUAGGAGCCAUUUACAUACAAAUGUGGUGAAAACACAUACGGUUACGGAUAAAUCUAUUUUUUAAAAGGAAUUGAUUCCGAUUACUCUUUGUGGUUUGAAUAUUAAAUUGUAAAUUUAAACUAUGAAAAUAAUAAUGAUUUAUAUAGACAAUAAAUUGAAGGUUUUGGAAAUUAUGACAAUAAAGUUUCGAGUGUAUAAAAAAUAUAUAUUUUUAGGAUCCGUAAGACUAUCCUUGCAGAGUGCUUUGACAAUACAUUUUCCUUGAAAGUUAAUAAAACUACUUGUUGCUGUAAACUAUACGUGUAAAAAGUUAAAAAUAUAUAUUUGUACAGAAAUAUUUAUAAAAUACCAAAGUAUUCUUAGCGUGUGUCGUAUUGAAUUCGAAGAAAUCUACGUAUAAACCGUGGUACAUAUAACAAGUUCGCUGCGGUACGAGGUCACCUCGUAUGUCUAGUGUGUUCAAGAGUUACGAGGUCGAUUGACCUCGUACCACACCAGAGUACAGAAAAAUCAGUGCCGCAGCGAAAGUGAUAAACAGGCUGGACUCAGCGGUCCUAAUGAUAUGAUUGUUUUGCUAUUUUUCCGCUGUGGGUAUAACAAACAACAUCUCCUAAUUUCAUCUAGCAGAAAUUGAUUAAGAAGUAUUUUUUGCCACAUUUUUAAAUGUAACAUAAGACAAUUGUCAAUGUACACUGUACAGUCAUCAAGAAUAUCUUUUAAGUUAAUGCAUCGUUUAUAUCAAUGCGUUAAUGGUACAAUCCAAUGCAAAUUUUAUAAAACAGUGUUGUAUAACUUAUAUAUUGAAAACAUUCCAUUGGACUAGAUACAUACAUAUCAAGAGUAGAUAUUUUGAGAUCACACAGGCGGCUAUCAGCUACUAUCACGCGGAAAAUUGUAAAAUGAGGAGGAUAUUCAUUAUUAGGUGCUUUUAAAAAAUAAAUUAUCAUUCCAUAAUAAUCAGAAAACAGUUGGUUUGAAUCGUUUUACACAGAUAAAUUUUACACAGAAUACAGACUGACAACGUAUUUCACAAUAGGGAUUUGCUAAGGUAGGAUUUAAUGAUACUUAUCCUUAGGAAUAAAAUCAGGGGUGAUAUUUUUUAUGAGUUCUAGAAAGUGGAAACAAAUGAAAGAUAGGUUGAAAGUAGUUACUGAUUGAUGAACGGAUAUGAACGGAUUGGUGUACCUAAUGUAAUAGGCACCUCUAAUAGACAUACUAUUACGCUUAACAUUUUAUUAAAGGUUAAGCGUAAUACUCGUACGUGUUGCGUUUGUUAAUGUUAAGUUAAACCAAUAAUUCUGUGAACUGCGUAAUGGAAAUUUUAGACAAAUAUAAUGUUUCAAUGUGCCACUUGAAAAUCGAGUAUCAUCUUCAAGUUGUUUAUAAAAAAUGUUUGUUGGGACGUAUGCCUAAAUAACUUUGGUCCAUGGGUAGAUAGAACUCACCAACGAACACUAUCCAUGUACCUAUUUAGUUAAGAAAUGAAACUAUUGGGUAUUUUACAAAUAGUCCUGUUAUUUAAAUUAGGUUAGACAAUACAUAUUUUAACAUAUAAAUAAUAAUAAAAAUAACCGCAGACUUGAUAAGUGACAAUACAAUUUUGUAGUUUUCUGUACUUAAUAGCGAAAAAGUAUAUAUUAUAUUAACUAUGAAUCAGUGAUUUACAAAUAUUUAUGCAUAGUAUUAGUAUUUUAUAAAACCAAUAAUUAUAGUAUAAGUGUGUAAUAUAGUUUUUGUAUUACUGUAUUCAAUUUGGUCCUAAAGUUUAAUUUAUUUUACCCAUGUAGCAGGUAGGUAUACAUAAGUUCAAGUAUGUAUUAGUAUACAAAAGCCCUAUAAAUAAUUGUCAUACUUACUUUAAAAUUACAAAUGUUAAUACACCUACAUACAACCGUUAACAAAAUAAUGUAAUUAGAUGUUUAAAACGCUUAACGCUUAUUAUGCUGUGUGGAUUUCAUAAAAGCCGUAUUUGCGGCUAACACCGAUUAUUAAAUAAGAUCCACCCUUAAAAAUAUCUAGCAACCCAUGACAACACCUUUUCUUACAAUAGGCUUGUCUAUAACUAUUACUGAAUUAUUAUAAGCAAUGGUGACAUCUAGUUGGAUUGGACGCAGUUGCCUAGAUGUUCCUCAUAUUAUUUUUUGAUUUCUUGAGGCAAGGAAUACCGGAAGGGCAUUCGACACAAUCAUUAGCUGUUGGCAGUGAAAUGUCAACCACGUAGGAAAUACGCAAUUAUCUACAUCUUGUACGCGCGUGUGUGUUUGUUUACCUACCAAGGUAGCUAAAUUUUAAAAUGUGCAUUCAUGCAGAAAUCCGCCCAAAAUAACUGUAGGAUUAAAUUGCUACCGUUAUUAAACACACCACAGUAUCAAUAAUUGAAGGUGAUAGUAAAUACCAGAGACUCCUUUAUGGCAUAGCCUAAUUCCCUUCAAAAUUAACGUUACAGCUUCAUAAGUUAAGUUCUUCGAACACCAGCAAAGAAAUAAUGAAGCUUUCCAUAAGUAGGUACUUAAUUGUAUUCGAUAAACCAUUUUCAUAUUUAUGUGAUUUAAAUUCGUUACGUAUAUAGUGCCUCUGCCCUGUUUUUAUGAACUUCUUGAUCCAGUUACCUCAUACCUGUGGUGUCGUGGGUAGAGUCAUGUAGUCAUAUGUCGAUAAAAAUAUUAUCGACACGAGCACUAUACAACACUACACGCAGGCUUUUGGUAUAACCUAUUUUAACUUUUAGCGGAUAAAAAACGAAUAUUAUGUAAUCAUUAUUUUUUUUAUUAAUUAAUACUUCCAUUAUUGUGGAAUUCUUAUCUAUCGCCAGUUAUUUAAAAAAAUGUAUUUGGAGUUUUAUGUACCUAGUAUUUUACGCGAACUUUAAGUUUAGUUUAGAUGAGUUGAAUCACAGAUUUAUUAUGUUAUGAGUCACAGAUUAAUACUUUAAUAGGAUAAUACGUUUUAAGUCUAUAGUGACCAAGCUGUGUUGCUAGUUUACAGAUAAUAUUAAAACAACAAAUUUGGUAAUAUUUAGCUUGUUAUUUCUCAUUAACUAGAUUUUUCAUUUAAACUAUACAUAGAAUGUUUCGUUUCAUUUUGUAUUUCUUGAUUGUUGUAAAAAGGAUAUACGAUGUUAAUCACGACGAUAAAAUAUUUAAAAUUCUAUAUAAACUACAGUUAUUGAAUCGUGUUUCAAAAUUUAUAUAUACAUACUGUUUAGGCAAUUUAUAUAUUAUAUUUAAACAAAAUUAACCAUAUGGUAAUAGUAAAAUUAGAUACAAAGAUUAGAAUGUAAUUCUAAUUAUUUUACACUCGGUAGACGUAGUCGUUGAUGCACAAGUUUCUGUUAAUUAUAAGAAAUUUAUUAGAAGUUAUUAAUAAAAUUAUGUAAAAUUUUAGAAAACUAAUUCUUGUUGUUGCAGUGCGAAAUUAUGAAAGGUGUAGUAUAGGUAUUUUAUUUUACAAAGACAUUUUUCAUUCAUUUGCAUGGAAAGUUUAUUGUAAAAAUACAAAUAAAUGUGAUAUUUACCAAUAGUUUAUUUCAAUUAAACAUACUUCAAUUAGCCAUACUGCCUAAUAUAAUAUUAUGCAACAGAAAAAAUAAUUUCAUUAUAAAACCGUACAUGAGGUAGCAGAUGCACGUAGUACAAAAUAAAAUUAAUGAGACAUUUUAUCAGCUUGUUACGAAAUCUAUUUAUCAGAUAAACAUUAUAAUGAUAGGCAUUUUUUUUUGUAAAAAUAUCUAGAUUUUUUUUUGCAAAAUAAUAAAUUUUUAAUCUUUAGUUUAUUCACAUGAUUUGCUAAUAAUUAUUAAAAAAGCGACGCACAAAAUAUUUAAAAAUUACUAAUCUACUAAUAAAAUGAAUGAUGAUUUAAACUGUAUUACAUUUAAAAUUAUAUGAUUUUUUUACGUUCAAUGAAACCUUACGUUUUAAAUUCGGAAUAUCUAAAGUUGUGAUUUGUUUUUAUUUGUAUUUUUUAAAACUUUCAUCUGUCCAGAGACAGUUCUAAUAAAAGUAUUUUUAAUUUUGAAGUCAUCAAAUUGUCAAUUUUCAACUAAAUAUAGAUCAGAUAAUUAUUAGAUUCUAAAUAAAAAAGUUAAUAUAAUAAUCUCCAUAAUAUAUUACACGAUAUUUAUUAUUUUAUAAUAUUAUAUAGUUAACUCAGAUUCAUUUAGAAUUUGUCUCAAUAAUUGAUUGUAAAUAAUUAUUGCUACUGACUCUUGAUUAGGUGUUUACAUCAUUCACAAUCACAACCCCAAGUGUAAAUAAUAUUAUGAGAGUUUCAUUUUGUUUAUCAUAUGGCUGAAUUGUUUAUAUUUUAUUAUUGUUUUGUAUUACCUUUUUUACAACCUUAGCCAAUAACGUUAUAUACCUAUUUGUAGUUAUAAGUAAAUUCCAUUUUGUAAAAAUCCAAUUAUCUACGACUUUGACAAUAAAUUGCUGUUACUUUUAAGUAUUUAUAGAAUUUGACAAUAAAUACCUUUUCCUAAAUUAUUAAA